GGUGCGCUGUAGCUAAGAAAUGCAGGAAGAUGAUUGGUAGAGGGUGGAGCUUAUAUGACCAGGAAGCUACAGGUAACUGCCACCACCCUACAGAAGGAGCAGUAGUAGCUGGGCGUAGAACACCGGAACUUGUUUUAACGGUUUAACUGAAACCUGCACAGAUUUUGCCAUGGAGUGCGGCUCAUCUCACCUUCCUCACCUCCUCCUGCUUUUUUUCUCGCUCCUCACCCUUUCUGUUGGAAAGAGAUCGCCGGACUUCAGGAUCUGCGCGUACAAUGUGCAAAAAUUUGAUAAGCAGAAAUCUUCAAACUACAAAGUGUUACACACUUUAACACGGGUCGUGUAUCGUUGCGACAUCUGUCUCCUGCAGCACGUCGUUGACCCUGACGGCUCAGCCAUCAAGAAACUGUUGACAUCCAUCAACAGGUACCAUAAAAUGGAAUCGGAAAGGUAUGAGGGCUUCACCUACAAGUCUGUGUCUAGUAAACCUUUGGGGAGAUCUCCGACCGACAUGCAGCAGUACGUCUUCAUCUACAGGACACAGACGGUGAAUGAGACGGGACAGUAUCAGUACCAGAGUGAACCACAAGUCUUCACCAGGGACCCAUUCGCUGUCCAGUUCCAAAGCAGUAGAACCAAAAUCAACUCCUUUGUUCUCAUCGCUCUUCACUCGGAGCCCCCUCAGGCAGUGACGGAGAUGAACCAACUCCACGAUGUAUUUCUGGAGGUUAUCAAGAAGUGGGACAACAAGAAUGUAAUGUUCCUGGGUGAUUUCCACGCCGGCUGCGCCUACAUGACACGAAGCGACAAGAAAAACAUCCAGCUCUUCUCCAACACCAGUUUCUCAUGGUUGAUAGGAGACAAAGUGGACACAACAGUCACUGACAAAACCAACUGUCCUUAUGACAGGAUCGUGGUGCACGGCAAAACCUUCCUGAAGGCCAUUACUCCAUUCUCAGCUCAGGUGUACAACUUUGGAAAACAGCUGAAAAUCAGCAAAAGCGAUGUAACGAGGAUUAGUGACCAUUUCCCUAUAGAGGUGACGCUGAGGAGCCGUGCGUCUCUGCCUCAGGUCAUGACACUCAUGAGCCUCCUACUAAGCAUCUCUGUUGUCACCCAGAGCUUUGUGUCUCUGUGAUAGCCGAUAGGUGAUCUAGAGUUCUACGUCACGUGAAGUCAGCGAAAGCUGCUGAGAACAAAAGCGUCUUUCCAUCAACAUUUUGAUGCCUUUACAUCGAUCAGUGACAUCAUCCAAAGGUGACGAGGACAUCUAACCAUCAUCACGACGACACAGUCAAGAGUCACUGUUUAUAACGCACUUGUCAGUUUGAUACUGGGUCUUCCAACCAACAUACGUGUAUGUUCAGAACAUUAACUUAAAUUAACAUCACUUUUAACAUGUUUUUUUUACAAGGUGAAUGAUUUCUUGAUUUUUCAAAAAUUUAAAUCCUUUUUAUUAUUUUUAUUUUCUGUUUGUCCAUCCCGCUGUUCGUCCUGUACAGAAUCUUCUGUAAAUAUGUGGAAAAUCUCCGUGUUAAUGUUGAAUAAGGUUUUUAUUGUUCAUAAUCAUUAAAACAUAGUACAUUUGUUUAAAAUGCUUA